UCCGUAUUUUUGCGAAAAAAAAAAACAAAAACAGAAAAAAAAAAUCGGUCCUUCUCUUUAAAAUCACCCACCUUCAUCGCCACCUGUUCGCAACAUUUUCCCCAAAAUUUUAUUGUCGUUUUAUUUUGAUUCAGCUGUCGUUUUCUAAAUUUAUUUCCGUUUUCACACCCACCCGGAAGCCUGAUCGCCGAAGAUUAAAUAUUGUUUCAGAUCAGGAGCAUCUUUUUAAUACCUGAUUGGCCAGAAAUCGGACACGUGAAUGGUUGUACGUUUAAUCCGUGUCCCCACGGGUAUCGAAUCCGUCGUUGGGACGACGUGCUGAUUGCGAGGGAACAUUUUAGUUUUUCCGGUGUUUUUACUAAGUCGUUGAUGGGUGAUCUCAGAGAUUGGUCGCCUGAACUAAGCGGCGCCGUGUUAGAAGAGAGACCGUUAUCGUCUCCGUCGUCAGUUUCGUUAAAUCAAACGGAAAUUGGUGCCGAGUACUGGCAGAAAGCUGAGGAAGCAACGCAGGGUAUCAUUGCCAAGGUUCAGCCCACUGUUGUCUCCGAAGAAAGAAGAAAAUCGGUUAUUGAUUACGUGCAAAGAUUAAUUCGAAACUAUCUUGGUUGUGCGGUAUUUCCAUUUGGUUCGGUGCCAUUGAAGACUUAUCUCCCUGAUGGAGAUAUUGAUCUGACUGCCUUUGGUGGUCUAAAUGUGGAGGAGGCUUUGGCCAAUGAUGUGUGUUCUGUCCUUGAAAGAGAAGAUCAAAACAGGGCUGCAGAGUUUGUAGUGAAGGACACCCAACUAAUCCGUGCUGAGGUUAAACUUGUAAAAUGUCUGGUGCAGAACAUUGUGGUAGAUAUCUCCUUCAAUCAAUUAGGAGGAUUGUGUACACUAUGCUUUCUUGAGCAGGUUGAUCGUCUCAUUGGAAAAGACCAUCUCUUUAAGCGCAGUAUUAUACUAAUCAAAGCUUGGUGCUAUUAUGAGAGUCGAAUUCUUGGUGCUCAUCAUGGCUUGAUUUCUACAUAUGCCUUGGAGACGUUGGUUUUGUAUAUUUUCCAUCUAUUCCACACAUCAUUAAAUGGUCCUUUAGCGGUUCUAUACAAAUUUUUGGACUACUUCAGCAAAUUUGACUGGGACAACUACUGCAUCAGUUUGAAUGGGCCUGUCCGCGUUUCCUCCCUGCCAGAAGUUGUAGUUGAGACACCUGAAAAUGGUGGACAGGAUCUAUUGCUCUCUACCGAGUUUUUAAAGGACUGUGUAGAACAGUUCUCAGCUCCUUCAAGGGGCUUUGAAACAAAUUCACGAACAUUCCCUCCAAAGCAUCUCAACAUAGUUGAUCCGCUAAAAGAGAAUAAUAACCUUGGCCGCAGUGUGAGUAAAGGGAACUUUUAUCGUAUAAGGAGUGCAUUUACAUAUGGGGCUAGAAAACUUGGGCGCAUCCUUUCACAGCCAGAGGAAAGCUUAGCUGAUGAACUCCAAAAGUUUUUCUCAAACACUUUGGAUAGACAUGGAAGUGGACAGAGACCUGAUGUUCAAGACCCUGCCCCAUUAAAUAGACACAAUGGGUUUGGUGCCACAUCAACAUUUUCAGGCACAGAGUCAUGUGAAGACCAGACUACCUAUGAAUCAGAAUCCACCAAUCCAAGUGGCAUAACAGAGAAUUGUAGGUUAGAUCAUGAAGCACAGUUGUGUGGUGGUGUCAGCAACAUUAAGAUAUCUGAGACUGAACCGAGUGACGGCAGAACCAUGAAUGAACUGCAUGGUUCUGUGGAUGGAACAGCUGUUUCAGAAAACCGUCUUUCAGGGGAUGCAAAAGACCUAGCUACCUCCAGAAUUCAAGAUCUUAAAAUUUCAAAUGGUGCCUCCAAAUCUUCCUCUCCAACUGUUGAAGAGAAUCCUUACCUUGUGGGUAAAGCACAUCAUGCACCACAUCUAUAUUUCACUUCUUCACCUACGGGAAAUGGAGAAGUGAGAAAUGGGAAUGUAGAGUGGAAACAGCCAGCAAAUUUUGGUUCUGCUGAGAAGAACACGUCUUCUGGGAUUCUGCCAGCACUUUGCAAGGAAACCAGCUUAAUUGUACCUGACUAUCAAGAUGAGGGUGCUAUUCAUGAUGUUCUAUCCCCUGCUGGAUCAAAGCACCAUCCUUUAAUAAUGAGUACCGUUGCUUGGUCCUCAGAAGAUUUUAAUUAUGGUUACAGUGGUUAUCAGGCAUCACCUAAGACUUCUGGAAGUCCCAAAGCUUUGAAUUUUUUAUCUGAUCUCAGUGGGGAUUAUGAUAUUCAUCUUACUAGUUUGCACCAUGGCUGGUCGUGGUAUGAGCAUACCUUGAAUGCAUCCUAUUCUCCUAUGUCUUCACAGUUGCUUUCUCAGUUCCAGAACAAAAAUUCAUGGGAUGUAAUACAGUCACUGCCGUUCAGGAGAAAUGUUAUCCCCCAUGCCAAUGGCGUUAUGCCAAGACCAAUUUUUUAUCCCAUUAAUCCACAGAUACUGCCUGGUGCAAGCUUUGGUAUAGAAGAGAUGCCAAAGCCUCGAGGAACAGGGACCUAUUUUCCCAAUGCGAGCCAUUAUAGGGAUAGGCCGUUGACUUUGAGGGGAAGGAAUCAAGCACCACUUAGGUCUCCUCGUAGCAAUGGUCGUGUCAUGAUACCCCAUGAAUCAAAUUUUCCUGAGAGAAGCAGCCGUGAGUUGGCACCAGUACAGUUUAAUGUUCAUCAAGGUGGAGGAAAAAGUGGACUUUCAGAUAUCUGCCACUCAAGUUCCCCUGAGAAAAAGGCACAACCUAAUUCCAAUGGCUCUAGUCAUCCGUCAGAGAGGACUGUGGAAUUUGGGUCAGUUGGAGGACAUCUUUCUGUUGGGGUGACUCCUUUUGAGAGCAGUAGACAACCAAAUGUGGCUUCUGCCCAUGGUCAAAACUCAAAUGUAAGUCUCUCAUCACCAAAGAUGCAAAAGUCCAGACCUGUAAUGGGCAAUGAUCAAGAUAGGAUUGUUGUACAAUCAUACCGUUUGAAAGAUGAAGAUUUUCCCCCUUUAUCUAUCUGAUGGCAGUGGGAAGGAAUAUGGUUAAGUUAAUAGGUGAGUAAAUGCUAACAGACCAGCCGGUGCCCAAGCUUUCUAUGGGUUCCUAUGGCCAUUCGAAAGUGCUAAAUAUGGAGUUGAUUAUUUUGUGUAUGGUUCGAAGGCUUUUUGUACAUUCUACUAAUUAUUUUUAACUCCUUAAAAUCUUGAUAGCUGUGCAUUGGUUUGAGUUGUUCAUGUACAGGAUAAUACUUGAAUGAUGGUUUUAACCAGGCUUUUUUUUUUUUUUUAAUAUCAUGUCAGCCAUCUUAGGUCAAAAUUAUAGACACAGAUAUUAUCGUUGCUGAUGUCUGAUGCAACCGAUACUAUACUAGAAAUAAUGUUUUUUGGCAGUUGUAAUAGUGUAACAUUUUUGGCUAUUCUGUUUGAUGCUCACAAUGCAUUUCUAGAAAUUAGAUACUGUUCCACCUUCCCUCUUUC